AUUCCACCAUGAGUUCCUCCUUUCCUGUCAGUUUCCAGAGAGGAAGUUUGCUGCCGUGUGAAAGCAGAGGAAUGAAUUCAUUUGUGUCUUCUUUUUCUGCUCUCCUGUUGAUGGCCCAUCAUUAAGUCUUCUCUGUGUUGACCCUAAGAAAAAUGGAGACUUUGACGGACGGAAUGUCAACAUCACCAUCAUCCUCUUCAUCGUCAUCUUCAUCAUCAGCCGAUGACAGGGCAAGCAAAACGGAAGAUUACGCAACAGUAAUGACGGAGGUGUGGCCAGAGGCAGAGAGGGCGGAGUCCUUGGCCCGUGGGGCUGCCUUGAAGUGGGCUUCGGGGGUUUUCUGUCGACCUGAACAUCUGGAGCAAGUCAGCCAGUACAGGAAGAGAGAGAGCCGGAGAACUACCUCCAUAUAUACCAGACUUAAGUCUAUGGUCCAGUCCCACUUGGAAGAGGUGGGCAGGUGCAUGGAGCAGCUCCGAGAGGCCCAGGAUGAGUUGAGGCAAGUAUCUGAUGCUCUAAAGAAGGCCGGACUGGAGUACGGCCACAACCAAGAUGGCUUGAAGAAUCUGGAAAGACUACGAGAAGUAUCAGUCAACCACGGUCAGCUGCUUGCUGCUGUCAGCAACCUACCCAGACUUUACUCGAUGCACAGCGUGGUUGUGGAAACCGAGUGUUUGGUUGCGUCCCAGCGACUCCUGGAGGCCCAUGCCCGUCUGAUGGAUCUGGAGCGCUGGCAGGAUGACAUCCUCUGGCAAAUCCACGGCGCCGCUGGGAUGGCAGAAAGUGACCAGGAACUGGUGGCCAAAUACUUCUCUGACGUCAGCAAGCUCGGCGAGACUUUAGGUAAGGAGCUGUGGGCGGUCGUGAGCAGUGCCCUGGCUGUGGCUCGCCAAAACCCGACACCGUUUGUAUCGGCGGUGAGGAUUGUCGAGCGCGAAGAGGCCAUGGACAGAAUUCUGCUGGAGCGAGUUGAAGGCAAAGUCCAGCCUUUGCCCCCAGGACGGCCUCGCCGCUGGAGGGCACGCUUCUUCCAGGUUCUAGAGGAGGCGGUGUCCGCUCGCUUCCAUAGUGUCUCCUACCUUCACACGAGGGGUCCAGGUUUGGCCGGACAUCUCUCUGCUCUGCAGCACACCAUUAUGGCGGAUCUGGCCACGGUGCGCCACCUGCUGGAGAACUGUGUCCCGCCACACUACUGCCUAACGAGAGCCUACCUUAGGGCCAGCCACCACUGUUUACAUGCUCACCUGACACAGGUCUGCAGUUGGGACCUGGAGAGUGGGGAGAUCUUUGCGGUGCUUAACUGGGUGCUCCACGUCUACAACAGCCCUCAAAUGCUGAGUCAUCCAGAUGUGCUGAAUGUGUUGAAGGGGGGAGAGCUUGGACUCCUUAUCUCCACCGAGGGACUGGAGCAACUUCAGAACAAAUAUGUGCAAAGUGUACGGAAGAGUGUGUCCGCAUGGAUGCAGAAAGCGCUACAGGUGGAGCUGCAAGAUUGGCAGAGAGACCAGGAGCCUGAUACAGACCAUGAGGGUUUCUAUACGACCAGCCUGCCAACCAUCAUCAUUCAGAUGCUGGAGGAGAAUGCCCGUGUUGCAUUCAUCAUUGGACAAUCCCUCAGAGAUCAAACAAUACAAAUGGGGCUCUAUGAAAUGGAGAACCUCCUCAACAGGUUCCGAGAAGCCCUGGUGGAAUUUGGAAAGAGGCAUCGCAGUGGUCCAAGCAACAGCAAUAACCAUUUUUAUCUCCACUAUCUGCUGGCCUCCAUCAGCAACUGCAUUGUCCUCAAAAAGGGCACAGAGAGCCUGCAGCAGCAGCAGUCAUCCCGGGAAUUAGGACAGUUCACUCGGACGCCUUCCAACCCGCUGGCAGCUUUGGAGCGGACAGUGAGACGAGCCUGUCGAAUGGUGAUCGAUCAGCUCCUGCUGGACCUCAAGCCUUUCCUCACAGGCCUAGUGACCCGACACUGGAUGGUCCAUGGCGAUCCCGUUCCCAAACUCUGCCGCAUCUUGGAGCGCCAUCUGGAGCUGUACAGCCGUGUCCGAGCACCCUGCAGACAGCGUCUUCAGGAGGAGGCCCAGUGGUUGAUGGUGGUGGAAUAUGUCAAAGCACUGAUGCAGAAGAGGCUGCUGUGUCGCAGCGCUGACGAGAGGAGAAAAUUUGCUCAGCAGAUGGUGAAGGACGACCAGCAGUUCAGACAACUUUUCAAUGGCCUGGAAAGUGAUGGGUCAGCACCUGAGGUCAACCCAAUGGCCGUACUCCCAGUCUUGGCUGACAUCAUCCGACUCAAAGACCCCAGCAUGCUCCCUCUCGUGGUGUCCGGACUUGCAAGCACAUAUCCUGACAUCAGUGAAGAGCAAGUGUCUGUGCUGCUGGACAUACGAGGGGACAUCUCCAGGGACAUCAGAGGCUCAGUGCUGGACCUGCUCGAGCAGAGCGCCAACCCCCUGCCGGUCGGAUACCGUCCUAUCUUCAUAGACAUCCUGGUGCCUCCCUCAAGCAUGACCUUCUGCUUGCCCUCCACCAAGUGUGCAUGAAAUCAGAUCCUCUUAAAUGUCUCUUAAAAACAUUGCAUUCAUGACCUUUCACCUCAUUUCUUAAUCUAUUCUAUUUUAGUCCAUCUUAGAAACAAAAUAUUUGUUAGUGUUUCCCACAGGACUACAAGGUAUUAGUGGGGGUCUAUUGUGAUUGUGUCCUUUGCAUAUUCGCUAUGACACAUGUGCAUGCCAUUUAAAAAACAAACAAAAAAACAGUUUUCGUAUGCUAUUUUAUAAUUUUAUCUGACAGAACUGCUUGUAUGUUUUGACAUGAAAGCGUUAAAACAUACCGGUGUAGUGAGUUUACAUUAUUCACCCAAGGAACUUUUGUUUUUUUUUCGUUUUUUCACGUGACACUUUUCCGGUGUUGUUGUUUUCCGGAUGAGGAGAUGCUGCUCCGUUAUUGAUUAAAGUAAAGUCUGAAUGUCAUUAAAACAGUUAGCUCCG